GUCACACACCUCCAUAACCCUGAAAUUCAAACUGCUCUGGUUUCCAAAGAAAGCAAGCUAUUGAGUUGUAAAAUUGUAAACAGACAUAAAUACACCGCCUCUUAUGCCUGAUGAGGAUAAAAACUCUGGUGGCUCUUUAGUUUUGGAUUUUAGAAAGUGAUGACGUCACGUGAAAACGAUCUAUUGGCUAACUGCGAAUUUGGCUACGGUAAAGUGGGCAGACUAAACGGGACAGGAAGGCAGCAGCGCGAGGAGGGAGUGGAGUAUGGGGGAACGUAACGAUGUUUGGAUUUCUUGUUUGAAAAAAAGAAGGCAUUUUCUCUUACAAUGGCUGGGGGAAUGAGCGGGAGGUAGCAACUUGUGAAGCGGGUUGCAGUUCGCACAUGUAUCCAGUUGUUCAACGUUUUUCAGCAUAAUGACGUUGCCUGACAACUUGCAAAGAAAUGUGUUUUUACCACAUUAUUUGCUUGUAGGAUCGAUGAAGGAAUGCAGUCCGUUAUUUAGAUUAAUUCGUGUCCACGCGUGAUGACCCAAAUAUUCCGGCGAAAACAGCUGCAAAGUAAACUGCCAAAACUGGAAGUAAACGACUGCAGUAUUGGCUUAGAGAGUGGGUGUAGUGGUUGAGUGAUCGCGCUCAUGACAGAUUGAUUGUUCCAUCCGGGUUUCAUGGUUAAAGACAGAUAUCAUCUAGACUAGGAGUUUGUGUCACAGUGUUUUCGGUUUCGUCAAUUAAACAUGUUUGUUACUUAAAAUCCCCCAAUCUCGAAGGCUCACAAACAACAGAAAGCAGGAACUCCCAAAAAUCGAGACUGAUUCUUUUUUUUUUUUUUUCAGGUUUUUAUUCAAAACAAAAGUCACUAAAAGAUACUAACACAUUUAGGCUAACAUAUUAACCCGGAUUUUAUUAAGUAUUAACUGCGCAAAAGUUACGAGCCACCAAAAGUAGGGAUGAGAAAAUACCGCUAUUGAAAACUAAAAAAAUGAAGGUAUUGGAUGAGGGCGAUAAAACUAAAAUAAAAUGUCUGGAACGUUCUUUCCUCUAUUUAAUGGGUCGUUAGAAGUUUUCUGUUUCGUUAAUCAGUCCUCAACUGACGCGAACUGAAAAGCUUUGGCACCAAAGUCGAUACCGAAAUAGAUAACAGGAAACAUCUUGAACCAGGGGUAACAGAUCGUUUGAAAAUGAAAGAAAAAUUUAGAACCCGCAAAAGUUUUCUUUCCAUUUGGCAAAAAUUUAAAGAUUGGCUCGAGUUUUGGCAGCCUCGACCGACUCCGACAGCAUUUCAGAAAAAGUUGGCAGCUGUCCGAAGCGUUUCCUUCGCGUAUAAACAGUGUUCAAUUUUUAAACAAACAAAACACAUGCGCCUGAAAGUUAUUAACGUAUUAUGAAACGGCAUGUGCUUGCCGAAACAAACAGUUUCCCACCUGCCACUAUGGCCGCUACAAAAGGAGAAACAAGUUAACUGUUUUCGUUACAGUCGACAAAACAACACACUGUACUGAAAAAUUACAAGUUAUCAGGAAUUACACAUACAUGUACAACUUUGUUUCGAAGUCAAAACUACUAUUGGUAUUUUGAGCAUUUUGAGACAAUGCAGGCUAGACUUGUGAAAGAAGCUUGAAAUUAUAAACAAUAAAUGAACAUAUAGUAGAUGUUAAUGGCGGCUUUUUACAAAUAACAGUGGGAUUUGAAAAACAGUAGGCGGAGAGAAAGAGUAUGGCUCGCUGGGCGAUAAAAUAAAUAAAGCAAUUUUGUCUUUUUCAGAAGCUAUUUUAAUAUAGCAAAAGGCCAAUUUAGGCCCGAUUCAGACGCCGUACUUCAUACGAACUUAAUUCAUUGAAUUUGAUUCCGAUCAUGUGAAGUACGGCGUCGAAGUAAGAAGUAUCGGGCCUUGGCGGUUUCCAGCGGUAUCUGUCGGCCGGUGCCACACAAAGCAAAAGUGAACUGUGAUCUGCAUGCAAUCAAUCUCUUAAUGCAAUAUAUUGUGUUUUAGCUGCGGUUCACAUGUCUCAAGGCGUGACUGACACGUUUUCACAACUGUCGCGCCAAAGACACGAAACUCGUGUUGGUUAAUUCAAAUAUGACUACACAGGAUGUCCUCGGUCGGAUGUCAAGAAACUGUUUCUGUAUAUAUUGGUCGCGAAAACUCUCCAAAAUUCGGCUUCCCACGAUCACAAAAGCUUUAUGUUAUUUAAUUUAUUGAGUUAUCAAAAGGACAAAACCAAUUUUAAAUGUAGAUUAGUUUUGUUUUUGCCAAGACGUAAUUGGUCCAAUUUCAAGUUUCGGAUUGAAAGAUAAGAAAUAAUAGACUUUUAAUAACCAGGCCUUUCAAACCGUCCUAGUUUCGACACAAAAACUGGAACAACAAAAGUUCCCGUUAUUCACGCUACAUUAACGCUGAUAAUAUUAGACUUCUUUUUAUAAUGCCAUAGGAACGUUCUGCAAAGAUUAAAUUCCUUAUAAAGCCAAAAGUUCCUCAAUAUUGUACAAGCUAUACCAUCGCCAAGAAAGCCUGUCAAAUACACGUCAAGCUGUUUGUUCAGACGAAAGUCGUUGUUAACAUUUGAGUGGGUGUAAAUCACAUGAAUAUUUACAAAUCCACGUGUUUUCAACUCGAGGUUGCGGCGCUCUGAUUAAUUUUUUUGUUUCCCUAAGGCGACCACGUUGAAUUUUCUGGUGGUAUAUCGAAAGGGGAAAAAAAUCAAGACUUUUUCGCUCUAUCGGGGCUUUCAUUUUGCCAUUUCAGCGAGGCCAGCAAAAUGGCAGUUAAUCUUUCUAUCGCGACUGGUUUGUUUUGCUUGAGCAUCUGGACAAUUCUUACAUUAGCAUCGCCAGCCGCCAUCGUCGACUUGUGCGGUUUCGACGAAAUCAGCGAGGAAAAUGUUACGCUUUCGUUGAACUUCUCCAGCGAGAAUGAGAUGAAACAGGGCACCGAGUGUGGCCGUGUUAUCUUCCUGGAGUCCUCGAGGGUGAAGCUCGUCGUUGAAGAAUUGAACAUUGCAAGCGGAGCGGUCUUUGAAAUCCAGGACGGUCCUGGGCCGAAUAAAGGCCAAAUUCUCGGGCCCAAAGCUGACAGUCAGUUGCCUUCGAUUUAUGUAAGCUCAGGUAAUGCUUUGUUUAUUUUGUUUAAGAAUGGUCAAGGCGAAAAAGGCCCUUCGAGUUUUCGCGGGAAAAUUGCCUCUGAACCGUAUCAACACACGUGCAAUUGUCGAGGAGUCAUGAAUGGGUUGCUCGAAUGCUCUGAGAGUGAUCGUGAAAGAAAGUGUAAAGUGAAGUGCGAACCGUCACACAUGUAUCUAUCAAUAAAUAAAGAAGUAACGUGUGAUCUCGUGAAAGGAGAGUGGGACAUUGAUAAACAUAGCACGCCUUUCUCUUGUCAGAGGGUGCAAAAACCAUUACAAGUCAAGGCGACGGUGAAUUUUAAUUAUGCUAAUCUAUCAUGUGAGGACAUCGAUCGGAAACAAGUCCAAAAUGCCUCAGGGGAGUUCAUCAAAAAGAACAGCGACGUUCAAAACAAGGGUGUGUGUUUCAGUUCAGGUGGCAACUGUAACGGAACAAACCUCAGUUGCACGGAUGACAAUAAUUCAGCGAAGGUAACUGUCACUAUUACAGAUCGCAUAGUGGAACCGCCAACAUUGAAAGAAGCCAAUUCAAAACUUCAAGAGCUAGUCACAGCUUACGAAAGCCUGCAGCUUCUAACCAUUUUGGACUCUGACGAAUUGGUCAUGAAGAAAGACAAUAAAUCAUUUAAGGCCGACAAGGGUUCAUUUACCAAAAAGAUUGCCCCUCUGUGUAAUGACCAAUAUGACUACAUCAAGGUCCCUGGCAAUGACACUUUUGUAUGUUCCACCUGCCCUCUGCAUCAUGAAUAUAAUGGUACAUCUCACAUCUGUCAAAUAUGUCCCACUGGCAGUUUUACAUCUGAAGGAGCCAAGAACUGCACAAAGAAAAACAACACUGCAAUGUUGACUCCAAUCAACAAUUCAUGCAUGAAUGCGUGCAUGAAAGGCAAACGGUUGGAUGCAAGUUCUGAGAUGUGCGAAUGGUGUCCUUUAGACACAUACCAAAACUCCUCAAUGAAGCUCAACCCAGAAUGUGUUCCUUGUCCUGAUCAAAAGAAGACCAUUUCUCCAGGGGCUCAAAGCGUGUCAGAGUGCCUUGACCCUUGUUCAUCUGGUACCUUCCAGAACACUUCGAGUGCUUCAUGCCAAGAUUGUCCCAUUGGCUCCUAUAUGGAUGUUGACAAACAUGUAUUCACUAAGUGCAAGACAUGUUAUAUGGGGAAGACUACAAGUGCUGUGGGCAGCAAAGACAGUGAUGACUGUUACAGCAAGUGCAUACCAGGGCAGUUUUAUAAUUCAUCGGCAUGUGUCACACUUUGUGGACCAGGACAGUUUCUCAACAGCUCCACAGAUAAGUGUGAUGACUGUCCAAUGAAUACAUAUCAGGACCUUGAAGAGCAUCAUUCCAGUGAAUGCAAGCCAUGUGGCUUAAAUAAAAUCACUCAGGCUACAAGACAGUCCAAUAUUUCUCAGUGUGGUUGUAGCAAGGGCUGGUACAUGGAUAAAUCUGACUCUCAGUGUAAAAAGUGCCCUAAGGGGCAAUACCAGGAUCACUUUGGUCAAGAACAGUGUACACAAUGUCCUGAUGGUAAAAGCACAGUCAGCGAUGAACAGUCAGAUGAGUCAUCUUGUCUUGCCACUUGCAGUGAGGGACAAUUUUUUGAUCCCAUCAAGAAAGCGUGCAAUGCCUGCCCCUAUGGCAGAUACCAGGAAGCCAACAAUCAUUUUCAAGAGAACUGCAAAAUGUGUCCAAGCAAGAAGACAACUGUACAGGAAGGUGCCAGUGACCCCAAAACUUGCAUACCAACAGCCACAGCCAAGGAGGAGAAAUUUGAAACAAUCAAGACAUCUCUUAGAUUUGUGUCUCUAACAUGGAGUGAGGAACUCAAAGACAAAAACAGUGCUAAAUACCAAGAGGCAAAGCAAACUAUAGAGGCUGCAAUCAGAUUUGAGUUUCGUCACGAUCCAUCGUUUGAAGCUGUUGAAGUCACCAACCUACGAAACGGUAGUGUUUUUGCAGAGUUUGACCUUCAAUUUAAUGAUAAAGCUGAUUACGAGCCUGUAAAAAUCCUUCAAGAUGCUGUACAAAAUGGUAAAGUGGGAAACUUGACAGUCUCUCCAUAUUCAUUCAAAAUCUUAGACCAAGGCUGUGGUCAACCUCUUGGCAUGGAAAAUGGUCAAAUAAAGGAUGACCAAAUAACAGCGUCAACUUACUUCAAGAACUAUGAGCCAUAUGAAGGAAGAUUAAAUGCCAAAGGAGGGCGAGCAUGGCACGCAAAGUACACCAGGAAUAUAGAGUAUUUGCAGAUUGAUUUCAGGAGAGAGGUCAACAUCACAGCUGUUGCCACACAAGGACAAUCCACAAAUGCAUUUUAUGUGACAGCAUACAAGCUCAGCAUGAGUGAUGAUGGAGAAAUGUGGAAUGAAUACAGAGAAAAUGAGAAGCCAAAGGUUUUCAAAGGAAAUGAUGACUCAGACACUACUGUGAGAAACAGCCUGGCAUUAGCAGUUAGAUCGCGAUUCAUCAGAUUUCUGCCACAAAGUUGGAAUGACCGUAUUUAUAUGCGUGUGGAAGUCUAUGGCUGCCUUCCUGUCAAUGUACUUCUACCAACUAAGCCUACAACUGACGGAGAUGCUGCUGCAGUGACAGCAAAGAAUGAUGAAAAGUGGCCAUGGGGUGCAUAUCUUGGCAUUGUUUUUGCAAUCCUGCUUGUCGUUGGAGUGGUGGUUGCAGUCAUCUGCUGGAAGAAAAAGAGCAAUGCCAAGAAACAGGAAGCUGAAACAGACGAGGCAUUGAUGGGAAUGCACAAGUCCGGUGAUGGGGAAUACCGAGUUAUUGAAAAAAAUGCUGCCGAGCCUGAUGAGGAUGAUGAAAAUGUUGUUUGAUAGAUUUAUCAUUGUGAAGUUAAAAUUAGUAAUCAGGAAUGAAAAUGGCUAGAAGACUUGUAACUUUCCAAAAUCAAACUAAACUGAUUGAAAUCUUUACAUCAUCUUAAAAUGUUUGUCAUGAGGUUAUAUCAAGCCAAUACACAACUUAGUUAUUGAUCAGUUUUUGGAGAUCAUUUUUGUUGAACAACUCUUUUAGUGUUGGAAGUACAUUGAAAGUAGUUUAGAGGUAGUCAUUCAAUACUUUACAGGAGAAGUGAUAGAUUUCUUUUUGGAGCAUGUUGCCAUGUCUAUCUACUGCCCAAACUUGUCAGCAUUAAGACUGUCCAAAAAGGUCAAUUUUACAACAUUUUGAGCUCUGUUUCUUUCAAUGCUGUUAUAAAUUACUAAUGAUUGUCUACCAAGUUGUGUUCUUUAUUUGCAUUAGGCAGACUUCUCAGUCAGUAUCUGGUAAUACUCUUCCAGCUCUAAUCCAUCCCCACUGCAUAACCAACUUGCAACCAAAUAGAGAGAAAAAGACAAUAAACAUUCAGGACAGUAUCCCAUUUAGAGCUUAGCUUAAGAGCACAGCCACCUUCUCCUUUCCCUCUGCUACACAGGUCUUUAAUGGUACAAAUCCUCCUAGCAGCUGAAAGCAGUGAGAGGCAGAUAAAUUUGCAGGUUAUCCACUUUCCCUGGAGUGUUUUUACCACUCAGAGAGUUGCCCAUAAUGAUGUAUUGGCCUGAAACUUGAGACUUCACUUGUAGCUAUUCCAAAUAGUCUGACAAGUCAACCCUUCCCCCUUCACUCAACUGCUCUCUGUGUUCAAACUUUACAGUUGGAGCCAGUCUGUGACCGUGCUUUGGAUCAGAGCCACUUCACAGUGGUGCUUAGCCUAGUUGUUUUAGUCUUGUUUUCCUUUGAUACAAGCAUCGUAACAUGAGCAUAUUAUAUGUAGGCAAUAUGAGUGUAUUAAUCUGAUGGAGAGUACCGGUAUUCAGAUGAGAAUCUAGGAGGCUAUAGAAUAUUAUUCAAUACAGCAGUAGCUGCUGAUUUUUUCAUGUUGAGUUUUGCAGUAUGUUAUAAAACUAGCUGUGUAAAAGGCAACCAUGUGGCUAAGUGUUAUGUAUAUUUAAUCUUCACUUCUUAAAGUUAAUUAAGACAUCACUAAAAUGCAGCUGCUUUUAGAAAAUAUAGAGAUUGAUUCUAGAAUUCAAGGUAAAGCUAAAUUAGAAACUGUAAAAUAGUUCCCAAGUAGAUGAUUAAAAAUAGAUCUCAAUGAUUUCAUAGGAAGUUUGCAAAGUAUUUUAGAGCUGAUCUAGUAAUGAUAUUUAACAAAAAUAAUAUGUAGUUAAAAGAUAAUUAUGAUGAAUAAUUAUUAAUAUUUAGAAUGAUAAAAAAGGAACCACCUAUAGUAUUUAUAUAUUUGACUUUUCAAGCCAUGCCAUAUACUUUGUAGGUUUGCAAUAAACAGAUACAUACAAGAAA